CUAGGCGGCGGCGGGCCGGGUACAACCUGGCCCUCGGACAUCCCCGGCCCCUCCCCGCUGAGGGGGGAGGAGCGACAGCUACGGUGGAUCCUCCCGCUGGCUUUGUGCGCGCUUGCAAUCCAGCUGUCGCCGCCCCACGAGCCCCUGCCCCCCGAGGGCGCACAUUUCCGGGCCGCCCACCAUCCGGAUCGCUCCGCGAGCCCAGAUCUGCUCCCGCCCGCUCGGUCCCGGUCCGGCCCCAGUCGCCCCCUGAAAUGCCGGUCGACUUUACCGGGUACUGGAAGAUGCUGGCCAACGAGAAUUUCGAGGAGUACCUGCGCGCGCUGGAUGUCAAUGUGGCCUUGCGCAAAAUCGCCAACUUGCUGAAGCCAGACAAAGAGAUCGUGCAGAAUGGCGACCACAUGAUCAUCCGCACGCUGAGCACUUUUAGGAACUACAUCAUGGACUUCCAGGUUGGGGAGGAGUUUGAGGAGGAUCUGACGGGCAUAGACGACCGCAAGUGCAUGACCACAGUGAGCUGGGACGGGGACAAGCUCGAGUGUGUGCAGAAGGGCGAGAAGGAGGGACGUGGCUGGACCCAGUGGAUUGAGGGUGACGAGCUGCACCUGGAGAUGAGAGUGCAGGGUGUGGUCUGCAAGCAAGUAUUCAAAAAGGUGAAGCCUCACUGCCCCCGGACCCCCCCAGCCCUUGAACGUGGACUGGUGGCAGAAGUGAUGGUAUGUGACUUCCAAGGCCACGUCGUGGAAGGAUACAACUUCCUCCUUGCUCGCUCUACAAUCAUUCAGUCUGAGGGAAGCUAGUCACCACGUCAUGAGGACACUUGAGCAGCCCUUGUCCACAGGGAGAGCAGUGGAGGCCUCUCACCAACAACACCUCUCAUCUGUGAGGCACCUUCCAGAGCAGAUCCUCCAAUCCAGCUAAGCUGUUCUCAAACUCCUGGCCCCCACAGAAACUACGAGAUAAUAAAUGUUUAUGUUGUUUUUAGCCA